GAGCCGAGUGGAGGUGAAGGAGAUGGCGUCCCAGCCACCACCUCCCCCCAAACCCUGGGAAACCCGCCGAAUUCCGGGGUCCGGACCGGGUCCAGGACCUGGCCCCACUUUCCAAUCUGCUGAUUUGGGUCCUACUUUAUUGACAAGACCUGGACAGCCUGCGCUUACUAGAGUGCCCCCACCUAUUCUUCCAAGGCCAUCACAGCAGACGGGAAGCAGCAAUGUGAACACUUUCAGACCUGCUUAUAGUUCAUUUUCUUCUGGAUAUGGUGCCUAUGGAAAUUCAUUUUAUGGAAGUUAUAACCCUUAUAGUUAUGGAUAUAAUGGGCUGGGAUAUAACCGCUUCCGUGUAGAUGAUCUUCCACCCAGUAGAUUUGUUCAGCAAGCUGAAGAAAGCAGCAGAGGUGCAUUUCAGUCCAUUGAGAGUAUAGUGCAUGCAUUUGCCUCUGUCAGUAUGAUGAUGGAUGCAACCUUUUCAGCUGUUUAUAACAGUUUCAGGGCUGUAUUGGAUGUAGCAAAUCACUUUUCCCGACUAAAAAUACACUUCACAAAGGUAUUUUCAGCUUUUGCAUUAGUUAGGACUAUAAGGUAUCUUUACAGACGGUUACAAUGGAUGAUAGGUUUAAGAAGAGGUUCUGAGAACGAGGAUCUGUGGGCAGAAAGUGAAGGAACUGUGGCUUGCCUUGGUGCCGAGGACAGAGUAACUAACUCAGCAAAAUCCUGGCCAAUAUUCUUGUUCUUCGCUGUUAUCCUCGGUGGUCCUUACCUCAUCUGGAAACUGCUGUCGACCCACAAUGAUGAAGUAACAGGUAAGCGGAUGGGUUAG